CAAAGGUAGGACUUAACAGGAAGUAGGAUUACAUGGCUGCGUUUAUUUCCGAAAAUUUUAAAUUUGCUGCUCUUUUUUUCAAGAGUAAGGAUGUGGUGAUCUUCAAUGGGCUUAUAGCCCUGGGGACAGUGUGUAGUCAAACAGCAUACAACAUAUUUGCCUUCGAUUGUCCAUGCUCUGCAAAGAGAAAUUAUAUGUAUGGCUUAGCUGCUAUUGGCGUGCCAGCCAUAGCAUUCUUUUUAAUUGGAGUAAUGAUUAAUCGUAGCACCUGGGACCUUAUUUCAGAGUGUCGCAUUAGAAAAUGCCGGAAACUUUCUGGGGCUGCUGCUUUUGCUCUGCUGGGUUCAAUAGUGGGGCGUGCAGCAGUGGCCCCAGUUACAUGGUCUGUAAUCUCACUCCUCAGAGGAGAGGCUUAUGUUUGUGCUCUUAGUGAAUUUGUGGAUCCUCAGUCUUUGGAAAACUUUCCUUUUACUACCCAAAGUCCUAUUAUCAUGGCCCAGUUUCCCUGUAAGGAUGUGCCUGCAGAGCUGCUACACUUUUGGAAACAAAUCGAACGCCGACUCAAGUAUGAAUCUCAGCUGUUAGGAUGGAUGUUAGUGGCUAUCGUGUCGUUCUCUGUGUUCCUGGUGAUGUGUGUAAAGCGUUGCUGCUCUCCUCUGGGCUACCAGCAGGAGGCAUACUGGUCCACAUAUCGGGCGAGCGAGCACGCUCUUUUCCAGCGCACAGCUGAGGUUCAUGCUAAGCUCUGCGCUGCUGAGAACAUCAAGAGCUUCUUUGGGUUUGUUGCUUUGGAGGACGAAGAAAAGGGUCUUCAAGCAACAUGCAAGGGGGUUAAAAAUGGAAUUUCCAGUCUGGAGUGGAACCAGAUAACAGGAGUUUACUUAUAUAGAGAGAAUAAAGGGACUCCCCUGUACAGUCGCCUCAAUAAAUGGGCCAAAUACACAAUUGGGAACAACACUGAAGACACUGAGAUGGACAUGUUAGGUUAAGGAGUGGCCAUUUACAGUAAUCGACUACCUUAUUGAAAUUUCUUGUGGAUAAUGACUGUAUUCAUUAACAAGAUACAGUUCUGUAACUGAAAGUCUAUUACAGUAUGUUGUGUUUGUCUUUCCUGCACAGAUCAGAGUAGUGAAUGAAUGUUCAGUAUGAUUAUUACAUGAGAUCUACAUACAUUAAUAAUUUCUUUAGCUUGAUGAUUGUGUGAUACAGUUACAGAUACAGAAAUGUGCAUUAAUACACAAUGCAUACUAAAGCAGCUUUUUUGAUUUAUUAAGGAUGUAAGACAUUGAAAACGUUUUUAACAAUGUAUGGGCUAUUUAUAUUUUUUUACUUUGUUAUGAGAAGGAUUGUAUAUUGGUUUCUUCAAUAUUUUUAUUGAAUUGGAUUUUUUAAUACUUAAUAACUAGCAACAAACCAACAUCGGAUUAAAUACCCUAUAAGUGUUAUUUUGAGAAUGCACUGAAUUUUAUCUCAGGUGGGUUUUAUGGUGAAACAUUGAGUAGCACUGCAACCUCAUAGCUCUAGGCUAGGGCUUUAGAUUUAAUCCUGUACACAACAUUCACAACAGUGUUUCCCAGGAUUGCAUGGGUGUCCUUCAGGUUCUUCAGUUUCUGUCCACUGUUUUAAAAGACAGUUGUUUGUGUGUGUGUGUGUGUGUGUGUGUGUUUGUGUGGUUAAUUGUCCUGCCAUGCAUCUGGGAUUGGCUCCAGAUUCACCACAAGCCUAACCACAAUAAAACAGUAACCCGAGAUGUAUGAAUCAAUUUUAUCUCAGGUAGGCCCUAGGCUGUUGUUAGAUGUUAAACAAUACAUGUAAAAACAUUCACACUGUACUGUGCUACAGUAUAUUAUUUGUAUUAUAUUUGAUGUGCAUGUGUUGAAUAUGAACAUUCCUAAACCCUAUAUAAGCCAUAAAUUAGGCAUCAGAAGUUUGGGUUUAAGACAGUUAGUUGGGUUUCUAUUCACAUUGCUAAUUGCAGCUUCAGAUGGUUCUUGCAUAUCCUUUGUUAACACAUGCAGUGGUAAAAAACCUGACAACCACAACGUAGGCUUCUGCUAAAAAUAGCUGCCUCACUUUGGUCUUGAGAUGUUACUUUUCAAAUGUGCUUAGAAAGUAUGCUUCCUAACUGUAUAGACUUUAAUUUGAAAAUCUGGGACCACAACCUGUAAUUAGUUAUAAUUAAAUACACACAAGGACACUAUUUAAGUGUUUGUUUGUAAAAGAGAACAAUUACUAUAACAGUUAUUAUUUUUAUUCUUUGAAUUAGUAGUAGUAACUUCAACUCAGUUGUUUGAAUCUAUAAAUCUAUCUUUUCUAUACUUUGCCCAUAUUAUUUCAUGAUUUCUUUUGUUUCUGUAGUUUGCCUGGGUGUUGUUUCUAACAAAAAACAAUCAAGCUAUUAUUCAGAUUUUGAAUGUUAAACCUUACUGAUUGAUAGUUGUUACAGUUACUGGUUGAUGGUAAUGUAAAAAUAAACUGUGGUGAAAGACAAUAAAAAAUACUGUCUCA